UAUCGUCGAUGAACAUCUUAAAUAAGCACACGAGCAAAUCAAGUUUUUCAAUUUGACGCCGGCCAUUAUUUGAGCAACAUUAAAAUUCCAAUAGAGAGGCAAACUUUUCGAUGUUGAAGUAACACUCUUGAACAAAAAAAAACUUUUGAGAUUGUGGUGAACUUCAAAAUGACCAUUCAUUCGAUUAAAAAAUCAAAAUUACUGAAUCUCUCCUAGCCACAAAGCUACAAUUUUAAUAGUUUUAACUUUCCAGUUCUGACAAGUGUCAAACAUUUUUAGAUUUAAACCGAACGGCUCAAUUCAAAAAUGUCGCAUUUUAAUUUUUUUAAUUUAAUUUCCUGUGCCUUAAUUAUUUUUAUUUACUGUAUUACCCAAUCAAACGCAUCAUCAGCACAAAUCAUUGCCUACACAAUUCAGGAAAAUCUGCCGCCUCAGACAUUGGAUCCAAACGUUGGCGUUUCCAAUAAUCUAAACGGAAUUCAAAUCUUAAGUCAGUUCACCCCUCAUCCUAACUGCAAAUCUUUGGGCGACUCUGUUAGAAUUUAUGCGAACUUUUCCCUCCAAACUUUAACCCAACUUGAUAGGGAAGCUUGUUUCGAGUACGAGGCGGACGUUUUUGACUCUUUUGAAAGCCAAGUUUACACCAUAGUAGUCAAAGUUGAAGAUAUAAAUGAUCAUGACCCAUUCUUCUCAACCCCUGCAUGCACAGUAAAUGUCAGCGAGACAUUGAAAGACACCAUUAAUUUGAAUACAGAUUGCGUUCCGCCCUUGAACGCUUUCGACUUUGAUGGCAGCAACUCGGGACUAUUCGGAAUUGACUCAUACGAAAUCUUAUCGGAUUCUGGAAGAGGAGUUUUCGAGCUUGAGAGUCCUGAGGAGCUUUCACUGUUGGCGCGUGAGCAACUAGAUGUGGACGUAGAAGGAGCAAUUGACACUAUGACGAUUGUGAUUUCUGUGAGGGAUUAUGGGCAGCCACCAAAAACUGCCACUGCAACUGUGAUUGUGAAAAUAAUCGAUGAGAACGACAAUGGGCCUCAGUUUGACUUCUCCAGCUACAGCUUCAAACUAAACGAGACUUCACUGAAUGGGUCUGUGGUUGGAAAAGUACACGCGACAGAUGCUGACUCGGGGGACAACGGGAGAAUAGAGUAUUACAUGGCAGGAUCAGCAGCGUCAGAGGAGCCGUUUGGCAUCUCCAAGAGCAACGGUGAAGUUUUUUUAACCCGAGAGCUGGACCAUGAACAAGUGUCAUCAUACAAGCUUCUGGUUGGAGCCAGAGACUCCCCGACAUCAGGACCCCGCAAAAGUGUCGAAAUAAACGUGGACAUAACCAUUUUAGACAUCAACGAGCACCCACCGCAGAUCAACUUAACAUUUUACAGCAAUGAUUUGAGACGAGGAUUCAUUUCCGAGAAUUAUCCGACAAACCAACCAAUUGCCCAAAUUGAUAUAACCGACCAAGACUCUCAAUCGGCGCCUGUCGACAUAGUCUUGGAGGAUGUUAGCGAGUCGUUUAAAGUCGUUAAUUGUCCUCAAGGGAAAUGUAUAGCUCUGGGCAAAACACUGGAUCGGGAACAGCAGGAUUCCCACACAUUGGUUGUCGAGGCUUUCGAGCUCGUGCAACCGUUCAGAAGUGUUUCAGUGUUUUUGACUCUGGAUGUUUUGGAUGUAAAUGAUAAUCAUCCUGUGUUCAAUAGCUUGGCGCUAAGGUUUUCGGUUAUGGAGGAUGCUCAAGUUGAAACAUAUGUUGGCCAGGUGUUCGCAACUGACGCUGAUUUGAAUCAAACAGUAACUUUCGCAAUAACGAGUUCGUCUCUUUUCCGAAUUGAUUCGUCAACUGGCGAAAUCUUCCUUUCUCAAAUCAUCACAUGCGAGGCUCUCAAUGGACAGACACAGCCCAUCGAAUUGCCAGUCAGAGCCACAGACUCAGGAGAUCCGGCAUUGUCCACGGACACGACUGCGUUCGUUGACGUCAUUGGAAUCGAAACUGAGGCGCCGGAGUUCCUGCCGACAAACGAGUAUGGGAUGAACCUAAGUGAAGCUAUCGACGUUGGUUCCUGUUUUAUGAAGGUCGAAGCAGUCACUGGAUCAUGCAUUGCACCUCCUAUCCAGUACCUCCUUCAAGACUCUGCCCUCUCGUCUUGGUUCCAAGUUGAACCCCAAACAGGCCAGAUAUGCACUCAGGAAAUCCUGGAUUUCGAGGGGCUGGCAUUAAGUGGUGGACUGCUAUCGCUCUCAGUUGUAGCUAAGAGUGCGGCGGAAGAUGUCGAGCAUGUGGAGAAUUCAACUGCUAAUGUUUUCAUUCAGUUAAUCGACGCCAAUGAGUUCAAACCAGAGAUGGGGGAGAUCGAGUACAGACAAGACAUGCCCCACUCCACUGGGGUGGGGAUGGUGGUUCUGCGGGUGACAGCGGGGGACGACGACGGGGGAGAUGUGUUCGGAAGAGUACACUUCGUCAUCGAGAGUGGGAACCAAGAUGACCAGUUUUUCAUUGACAAGUUUGAAGGAAAUGUGAGACUGAACAAACCGCUUCCCUCAGUGGACGAUAUGGCUGAAAACUCGACUUACACCCUCUCCAUUACAGCCAUAGACGGUGGGGGCCUAAUGGCCGAACAGCCAUCGACUGUAUUCAUUACAGUAGUAGGCCUUGACCUCUUCCCGCCAGUGUUCACUCACACCCUGUAUCACUUUGAAGUGUCGGAAGGAGUUGAGAGUGUCCAAACUGUGAUCGGGUCUGUUCACGCCGAGUACACGCCCGAUGGUGAAGAAACUCAUCCGAUAUCUUAUUCGAUCGAAGGCUCAGGAAGCCUAAGCUUUGCAAUUAAUGAAUCAACGGGAGACGUCUCAGUGGUUUCCGAAUUAGAUGCAGAAGAUGUAUCUGUCCACUUAGUAACUGUUUCGGCCAAGAGUGACGUCGAUCCAACUGCCAUAGGGUACUGCCAGGUUGAGAUAAGAGUGAAAGAUGUCAAUGAUGUUAUCCCGGCGUUUGUUCACUUACAGGACACAUUUUUUGCCGCUGAAGAUUCUUCGAUUGGCAGUACUGUAGCUCAAGUAAAAGCUGCCGACGGCGACGUAGAAUCGCCGAACAACAUCCUUCUUUACACUAUUGCACCCGAAAACACACAAUUCGAAAUUUCUGAUGAGGGUUUCGUUACUCUUAAACAACCGUUGGAUUUCGAAACUAAUUCUUCGAUUUCAUUGACGAUUAUUGCUUCUGAUUCGGGAGAUGUUCAAUUGAGUGCUUCUACAGAAAUUACAAUUUCGGUAACUGAUGUCAAUGACAAUGUCCCUGAAUUCACAGAGGACACCUAUUUUUUCCAAAUAAGGGAAGAUUUGGCGUCCUUUGAACUGAUAGGGACUGUUUUGGCUCUUGAUUUGGACUCCGGAACCAAUGCAGAAGUGGUCUACAGUUUGAAGUCUUCAGAUCCAGAGGUGUUGGGAGUAUUUGGAGUCGAUUCACUGUCUGGUAUCAUAUAUGCAACCAGGUACCUGGAUCACGAGGAGCAGUCCUCGUUUGAGUUCCAAGUGGCAGCCACUGACCUUGGAUCCCCUGUUCAAUUAAGCGGAGAGACGACUGUAGUGGUAUAUGUGCUGGAUGCGAAUGAUGAGCCUCCUCAGUUCAAUGCCUCCGUUUACUCCUUCUUUGUAGAGGAGGGACCUCCCACGCUCUCAGUUGGACAGGUAUUUGCUCUGGACCCGGACACAGGUGCCAAUGGACAAGUACGUUUCUUCAUGGUAGUCAACAGUGGAGACAACCUAUUUAGCAUUAACUCAAUUUCUGGAAUCAUUUCGACCAAUAGUGACCUGGACAGGGAAGAAGUGGACACGAGAGUGGUUGAGAUUGUGGCCGAGGACUUGGGUCAGCCGAUUAAGAACAGUACUGCUCUGGUCUACAUACAUAUACUAGAAGUGAACGACGAAGUGCCAAGGUGUGAGGCUGAUCCCUACAGGGUGGUUGUUCACGAGUCAGCACAUGUGAACACACCAGUUGUGAAAGUACACGCCACUGAUAUGGACGAAAAAGGACCCAAUUCGGACAUCACUUACACCAUAGCUGCAUUAGGCGCUGACUCGGAAAAGUUUGCCAUUGAUUCUGCGACCGGUCAAAUGACCUUGAAGUCUGAACUUAACUAUGAAGAGCAAACCAGUCACGUGAUCACAGUGGCGGUUCAGGACAACGGAGUUCCCACUUUGAGUUCAUCAUGCCAGGUGGAGAUAACAGUGAAAGAUGACAAUGAGUUUGCACCUGUGUUUAUCUCGGACUCAGUCCACUUUGAAGUGACAGAGGGCAUCCCUUUGGGCUCAGUAGUGGGAGUGGUGUCUGCUUCGGAUGCCGACUCUAUUGGAUCGUCCAACGAACCCUCAAACUCAUCCUUCAUAAG